AUGGACCCUCCUCCCUCCUAUCAAGAUGUCUGCUCGGCGAGUGGCAGCAACCCAACGCCCGUUGACCUGAGCCAUCACUACUCCGAGGUCACGAAGCGGCGUCUCCCAAGUUUGGUGAAGCAGUUCUACAAGUUCUUCCAGGUUCCCGGCAUAGGGAACCUUGCUGGUGGCAUGCCCAAUGUUCAAUUCUUCCCCUUCGACACCCUCGAGGCGCAAGCUGCGAAGCCAGAGAGGUGGAACCCUACGCCGAACUACCCGGACGAGGAUCUGACCGCCAAGCUUGCAUCGGCAACACUCACAUCGGAUCCAACCGCUGCCUCACAUAUCGCCAUCCCAAAGGCGAGAGAUGAGUCCGACCCGCUAAAGAAGAUUGACCUGGCGUCGGCACUGCAAUACGGUACCGCGCAGGGAUACCCUCCCCUGCACUCGUGGAUUCGACAGUUCACCCGUGAGAAUCUGCACCCCAACGUGCCUUACCGUGGCGGGCCCGAGGUGAUCCUGACGUGCGGUUCAACCGACGGCUUCUCAAAGACACUCGACUUGUUCGUCAAUUCGUGGGACCCCGAGGUUAAUGAUAUCUGCGAUCGCCCCGGGUUGCUGUGCGAAAACUUCAUCUAUUCCAAUGUCCUCGGCCAGUCACUGCCGCGGGGCGUGCAGGUCGUUACUGUUAAGUCAGAUGCGGGAGGCAUGCUUGCGACAGGCCCUGGCGGGCUGGAAGAUGUGCUCUCCAACUGGGAUGACGCGAAGGGGAAACGGCCACAUCUGAUGUACACCGUGACCCUGGGCCACAACCCCACGGGUAUCGUGCUCUCUGUUGAGCGACGAAAGCAGCUCUAUGCUGUCUGCAGCAAGUACGAUGUGAUUAUCGUCGAAGAUGACCCGUACUGGUAUCUGCAGUUCCCAUCAGCGGAGAUUGAGGAAGCCAGGUCAAGGGAUCUGCCCUUGCCAGAACAGACACAACAGCAUAAGCCAAAAAAGUCAUCCGGCUAUCCCUUCCUCGACUCCUUGACCCCUUCGUUCCUCAGCGUCGACACGGACGGCAGGGUUGUCCGGCUAGAUACCUUCUCCAAGACCAUCGCUCCUGGCUGUCGCCUGGGCUGGAUAACGGCGCAACCGGCCCUGAUUGACAGGUACCUGAGAAUCACCGAGUCCACAACCCAGCAACCCUCAGGCUUCGUGCAGAGCAUGGUAGCCGAGCUAGUCAUGGGGCCCCAGCCCCCCGCGGCCAGGUCGACCUUCGCUGCGCUGCGCACGAGCAGGGACCGGGCCGCCUUCUCGGGCUGGGAGGUGGCCGGCUGGGUGCGCUGGCUCGAGGGCCUCCGGGGCGCGUAUGAGCGGCGCAUGAACCGCGUGUGCCGCGCCCUCGACGAGGGCUCCCUGUUGCUGCGCAUAGGCCGGCCGCCGUCGAGCCACCCCGACGCCGAGUGGGGCGUCGUGACGAGCACGCGCGUCUACGACUACGCCUGGCCGCGCGGCGGCAUGUUCGUCUGGCUGCGCAUGCGCUUCGACCGACACCCGCUCUGGCGGGUCGCCCGGCGCAAGCCCGGGUCCGGCGUCGUCGACGGCCCGGCCCUGUCCAUGGCCCUGAUGCUCUACCUGGCCUCGAAGCCGCACCUCGUCGUCGUCAGCCCCGGGACCAUGUUCGCCGCCACAGAGGGCGUCCGGGCCGAGGUCGCGUGGGCGCACUUCCGCCUGUGCUUCGCGGCCGAGACCGAGGAGAUGGUCGAUGCCUGCUCGGUCAGGUUCGUCGAGGGCGUGCACUCGUUCUGGAAGAUCCGCAGGGUCGCAAGGCUGGAGGAGAUACUUAAGGAUGAUCCCACGUCCGCUGCCGCCUCCGGGGGUUCUGACGAGUCGGAGUAUCUGGGUGCCUGGUCAGGUUGUUAA